GCCGCCUACGUCUUCUUCGUAUACUUCCGUGUUCGCUCCUCUCGCUUGCACCACACGAGACCGGGCCAAAAAAUUAGUCGGAAGGCUCAAACAAACCGAUCCGGUAUCGAAGUCGAGGAACCCAAAACCAAAAAGAUUUCUCCCCCUUCCGUUUUCGUGAUUUGAUAAAAGCUCUCCGAACUUUCUUUCCUCCAAAGCUUAAGCGGUAGAAGAAGAAAAGGAAAGCGAUGGAGAUCUCCGCCGACGCCAUCUCGCUCGCCGCGACCCACGGCCUCGCCUUCUCCACCAAACUCCUCCUCGCCCGCCCCUCCCCGACCCUCGCCCUCGCCGCCUCUCCCCCUACCGCCGUCCGAUCCGACCUCUACCGCCCCGCCGCCCCCCGCGCCCUCGUCCGCCGCCCUCGCCGCACCCGCCGCCGCUCCCUCACCGACGGCGACGGUGGAGAAGAGGAUGCCUUCUCAGGCGACGGGGACGGCGACGACGGCCCAUUCGGCGGCGGAGGGGGCGGUGGUAGGGGGUGGAAUUUCGGCGGUGGGAAUAACUGGUCGGGGUCGGAUUGGGAUGGAUCGGGGUCUCCCUCCUUUUCUUCACCGGAUCCGGCUUUCGAUUUCAUCUAUGAGAUCAUGUGCUGGAUCGCCCUCUCCAAUUGCACCCACUUUGCUUGGAAGAAGCUGGGGCGGCUUCUAGAGGAGAGGGGAAAAGUGGUUCCUUUCCGAUUGCUGCCGUCCAUGUGCUGAUUUGGGAUCGGGAAUCAAUGGUGGCAAAUUGAUGGCUUGGUGCUCUCCUUUCCCACCCGCCCUCUCUCUAUUGAUGUAAAUAUAUGUAUAUUUUCUCAAAAAUUUUCUUUUCUAUUCAUUUAAGUGCAGCCAUUGCUUUACUUAUCUGCUAUAUUUCUAUGUACUACCUUACGAUCAAUGGACUUUUUUUUCUCCUUUAACAAAUUAUCUGAUCCGAGGCUCUCAUGUUGUUCC